CAAUGGACAACUGAGUUGUGUAUUCGCUAUUUCGGAGUGUUUACAGUAUGUCUGCGGUUAAUUCGCGGCCUCCAACACCCCAAAAUAAGUUGUUCAGUUGUCUCGCAUCCGUCAAUGUCUCGUGCUCCGAGACCAAGAACCUCAUUCUUGUCGUCUUUGACGCGAACGCAGUCUAGCUGAAGGCAGACCUGAUUCUCUCGUAGCAGUUCCGACAGCUCGUAUCCGCCAGCAAUGUCUUGCACAGACACACCACGCCGUUGAAUGCUCACUCCUCUCAACUUGCCUCCGUCCAGUCUGUGCAUACGCCUUGUGCCUCGGUGCAUUAAGUCUACACACAUCCACGGUCUUAGACUCUGUUCGAAAAUGUCAGUACCAUCGACGGUGCCCAUACUGCUCCUCAAGACUCGGUCUCAGCCUCACGAUGCUUACGAGGAAUACUUCUCCACAUUCGAGAGCUGCGGCCGAAGUUUCCAGCCCCAGUUCGUGCCGGUACUAGAACACCGAGCGAAUGCUGAGAACCUGGCUGAGCUAGACCACCUGCUGAAAAGUGGCGGUCUCACAGAGAAAUAUGGCGGGAUGAUAUUCACGAGCCAGCGAGCGGUCGAGGCCUGGACGGACGUGGUCAAGAGGGUGGAACAGCAAUCAACUGGCGAUAACACAUCUGCCACGGGGACUGGUGUGAACGGUGCGAACGCAAAUGCCAGUCACAGCACGCCGGCCGCGACAGACGAUGCCUCUGCCGAGCUCGUCGACAGUGACUUUUCGUUCCCACUUUACACGGUAGGACCGGCGACAUCACGGGCAUUACAGACUCUGAUCACUGCGUCUUCGUCCUCGUCACCGUUCGGCCGCCUGCGCCCUUCGGUCGUGGGCGAGCACACAGGAAACGGCGCCGCGCUCGCCGAGUACAUCCUCUCCCACUAUAAUGCGCUGCACGCACAGAAAGAGUAUACAUUUUACGACGCACCGCGGCUGCCUUUCAUACCACUUCUCGGCCCCUCGAGAGGAGAACGCCUGGAGAAGGAUGAUAACCGAAUACGAAAGAAGGGGCUCUUGUUUCUGGUCGGCGAGCAGAGACGGGAUAUCAUCCCGAAGACACUGAUGGAUCCGGAAGGGAAGCUAGAAAAUCCGCAUGACCGGAUCGAGGUGGAUGAGGUGGAAGUCUACAAGACGGAAAUCAUGGAGUCCUUCCAAGAGGAUUUCCAGUCGAGGCUGGAUUCGUCCAAAACACAGGGCCUGCACCUGGUUGUUGUGGUGGUGUUUAGUCCGCAAGGCUGCGAAUCUAUGCUCCGCUCGUUAGGUUUCAUAAAUGACUCCAACGCAUUGACUGAGCGAGGGAGGGACAGAUGGAGCGCUGAACAUAGUGAGGGUUCUUUCAAGAGUGUCAUCGUGACGAUUGGACCGACGACCAGGGACCAUCUAGUGAAGCAUUAUGCCUUCGAGCCAGAUGUGUGCGCCGCGAAACCUAGUGCGCAGGGCAUUGGGGAUGGAUUGAACGAGUUCCUCAAGAGCAAGGGUCUAUUAUAGUUGUUUGCCUCGCAGAAAGAUGCCGUAUACAGUCUAAUUUC